AGAGGGAUAGCUGCGAGGCUUAUGAUCAACCUGUUCGUAUUUUUCUUACAUCCUUAUACUUGUUUCUCUCUUCGGCUUUUUAUCGUCACCUAAGAGGCACGAUAGUGUAGAUAUAGAUAUAGGUAAUCUAACGAGAAACAAAGAAUGUAUGCUGCCCCGUCGGAAUGGUCUGCUACUCGAGCAACUUCUCACCGUCGGGCGUCUACUGCUGCGCGGGCGAAUCUCAAUGUCUCGCCAGCGAGGCCCAGCCACCACGUUGCGACGGCCGGAUGAGCCCCUGCAACAAGAGCAUCGGGGGCGGCUGCUGCGCGCCGAACACCGAGUGUACUAAAGACGGCUGUCUGAAGGUAUACCGUGCGGAGCCGGGGCUCGCGACGAACGUUUUAAGCGGCCCGCCUACGACCAUCACGAGAACUACCACUGUCUUGGGAGUAGGGACGGGGGUCGGCGGGGUCACGGUCACGACAGUCAAGAUAGCAGAGACGGGGCAGAGCGGGGGGCUAAAGGGGAUUAAGCCCGCAUUUGGCUUUUCUAGUUACCCGUCGUUGGAGGUGUUUGUCUGUGGGUUCGCUCUUGUGUUCUCCUAUGUGAUGGUUUUAAGGGGUGGUUAAGACUGUUCGCUUGAGGAUCAGGGUUUGAGCCUUGAUCAUAACGGGGUACUUGUGCAGUAUAUCCUAUAUUCCUUCAGAUUGUAUCGCAUUCACGGUAUGAUUACCUUUCAUGCCUUCCUCACAAUUUAAUUAGG